CGGACCAGACACCAGACCAGAGUGGAUUGGGGAAAAAGAAAGAAAAACCAGCGAAGCACGGCCGCCCCCUUCCCCCUCCGCGCCGGCGCGCGGCUAAACCCCCACUAACCCCCUCACACGCUCCCGCCGCCGCAAAACCCUAAACCCCGCCGCCAUGCGCCGCCUCCCGCCCCUCUCCCAGCGCGCCGCCGCCGCGGUCGCCGCAUCCGCGCCCCCAUCCCCAUCCCCAUCCACCUCCACCCCGGACCUCGUCGCGGAGCUCGGCCGCGUCCUCUCCACGCGCCGCUGGAACAAGGGCCGGGCCUACAAGCGCCUGGCGCCCUCCGUCACGCCGGCCCUCGUCGCCGACCUCUUCCGCGCCCCCUCGGCCGCCCCCGACCCGGGCACGGCGCUCGCCUUCUUCGACUGGGUCGCGCGCCGCCAGGGCUUCCGCCACACGGCCGCCUCCCACGCCGCGCUCCUCCACCUCCUCUCGCGCUGGCGGGCCCCCGCGCGCUACGAGCAGCUCGUCUUCUCCAUGUUCGGCUGCGCGCGGAGCGCCGAGGACGCGCGCGCCUCCGCCGACGCCCUGCGGGCAAUCUGCCGAACCGGUGCCGCGCGCCACGCGCUGUCCCCGGCCUGCUACAACUUCGCGCUCAGGUCGCUCGCGCGCUUCGACAUGACGGGGGAGAUGGAGCGGGUCUACUCGCAGCUCGUCGGGGACGGGCUGCUGCCGGACACCAAGACGUACAACGCCAUGAUUAAGUCCUACUGCAAGGAGGGCGACCUCCCCAAGGCGCACCGGUACUUCAAGCUGUUGCUGGAGUGCGGGCUGGAGCCGGACACGUUCACGUGUAACGCGCUGGUGCUGGGUUACUGCCGGACGGGCAACCUGAGGCGGGCCUGCUGGCUGUUGCUGAUGAUGCCGCUGGUCGGCUGCCAGAGAAAUGAGUACUCCUACACCAUUUUGAUUCAGGGUCUGUGUGAGGCGCGGCGUGUAAGGGAGGCGCUUGUGCUGUUUUUGAUGAUGAGGGGUGAUGGGUGCUCCCCGAAUUCACACACAUACAAAUUCCUGAUCGGCGGCCUAUGUAAGGAGGGCAGGGUUGCUGACGCCAGGAUGUUGCUUGAUGAGAUGUCUCGGGGAGGUGUUGCUCCAAGUGUUAUGGCAUAUAAUGCAAUGAUUGUAGGGUACUGUAAGGCAGGAAGGAUGCAGGAUGCAUUGGGGAUUAAGGAGCUGAUGGAAGGAAAUGGGUGCCACCCGAAUGAUUGGACAUACAGCACUUUGAUUCAUGGCCUCUGUGAUGGGAAGAUGGAUGAAGCUGAGCAAUUGCUGGAUAGUGCUGUUAAAGGAGGUUUUACACCUACGGUUGUCACAUUCACUAUCCUGAUCGAUGGGUACUGCAAAGCUGAAAGGAUUGAUGAUGCACUCAGGGUGAAAAAUAAUAUGAUGCUGAGUAAGUGUAAACUUGAUAUACAUGUGUAUGGGAAGUUGAUCAAUAGCCUCAUUAAGAAGGAUAGGUUAAAAGAGGCGAAGGAGUUGUUAGCUGAAAUUCCGGCAACUGGUUUGGUUCCAAAUGUGUUCACCUACACAUCUGUAAUUGAUGGCUUUUGCAAGAUCGGGAAGGUUGAUUUCGCACUAGAGGUCUUGAAAAUGAUGGAACGCGAUGAUUGCCAGCCAAAUACAUGGACCUACAACUCUCUGAUGUAUGGGUUAAUUCAGGAUAAGAAACUUCACAAUGCAAUGGCGCUGAUAACUAAAAUGCAAAAAGAUGGAAUAACUCCUGAUGUUAUCACCUAUACCACUUUGGUUCAAGGCCAGUGCAAUCAGCAUGAAUUUGAGAAUGCUUUCAGGUUACUUGAAAUGAUGGAGCAGAAUGGUCUGACACCCGAUGACCAAUUAUACAGCGUCUUAACUGGUGCACUGUGCAAAGCUGGAAGGGCUGAAGAAGCUUAUUCAUUUCUUGUUAGAAAAGGAAUAGCCCUAACUAAGGUACUCUAUACUAUUUUAAUUGAUGGUUUCAGCAAGGCAGGCAAAAGUGACAUUGCCGCCACCCUCAUAGACAGCAUGAUUGGUGAGGGUUGCACACCAGAUUCAUACACGUAUAGUGUACUGCUGCAUGCUUUAUGCAAAGAAAAGAAGCUGCAGGAAGCUUUGCCGAUACUGGAUCAAAUGACUCAAAGGGGAAUAAAAUGUACCAUUUUUGCUUAUACAACUCUAAUCAACGAAAUGCUCAGAGAAGGGAAGCAUGACCAUGCUAAAAGGAUGUACGAUGAAAUGGUUUCAUCAGGUCACAAGCCAAGUGCAACCACAUAUACUGUAUUCAUUAACUCAUACUGCAAGGAAGGUCGAGUGGAGGAGGCUGAGAACUUAAUUGUGGAAAUGGAGAGAGAAGGUGUUGCCCGUGAUGCAGUGACCUACAACACAUUCAUUGAUGGCUGUGGGAAUAUGGGAUAUAUUGAUCGCGCAUUUCAUACUCUGAAGCGCAUGGUGGAUGCAUCAUGUGAGCCAGAUUAUGCGACCUACUGCAUUCUGCUCAAGCAUCUUCUAAAAGAGAAUUUUAAUUUCCGUUAUGUAGACACCUCUGGCAUGUGGAACUUCGUAGAGUUGGAUACUGUUUGGCAGUUUCUUGAAAGGAUGUCAAAACAUGGUCUGAAUCCCACAAUAACGACAUACAGUUCUCUCAUUGCAGGAUUCUGCAAAGCCAACCGCAUUGAAGAAGCAUGUGUUCUUUUUGAUCAUAUGUGCAGUAAAGAUAUACCACCUAAUGAAGAGAUAUACAAAUUACUUAUCAAGUGCUGUUGUGAUACCAAGUCCUUUGAGAAGGCCUCUUCAUUUGUGCACAACAUGAUACAACACAGGUUUCAGCCUCAUCUUGAAUCAUACCAGCUUCUUAUACUGGGACUUUGUAACGAGGGAGAAUUUGAGAAGGCUAAAUCACUGUUCUGUGACUUGCUUGAACUGGGCUAUAAUCAUGAUGAAGUUGCAUGGAAAAUUCUAAAUGAUGGUUUGCUCAAAGGUGGUUAUGUUGAUAUAUGUUCUCAGAUGCUGUCUACCAUGGAGAAUAAACACUGUUCCAUUAGUUCUCAGACACAUGCUAUGGUGACCAAUGGCUUGCAUGAGGCAUCUGGCAGUCUGGUUGGUGAACUCCAAGGAGAAGCUCUUUGAGUCAGCUUGACUGAUAUGUUCAUGCUAAUAGAUGGUGUGUUUCAUUGGCCAUACAUUUAGUCUGUAACUUUCAGUCCAAUGGAAGACAUGUGCAAUUUUGAUAUAAGCGAGGCACAUGUGCAGAUUGCAUGCAGCACCGCGUUUUACAUGACUGACUUGAGAUGAGCAACAUCCAGUUAGGAUGCCGUUUGAUCAGCUAAAUGCCAAUACAUGUUGCUCAAGCUGAUCUGUUUGUCAGAAACAGGAUUAUCAUACCAAUUCAUAUUCAAACCAAAGGCACUUUCUCGUCACGCAGUUGGGAGAAGCAUCGUCCUUCCCUUUUAUGCAGAUAGUCAGUGUCAGGCUCACCCAAACCUAUGGCUUAUGGAGUCUCAUUGCUUGCUUUACUUUGGGGGUAAUCAAUUAUACCUGUCAUUGUUUGAUUGCCAUAUUUUGGUGGUAUAGAUGCCAUACAGUUCUUUUUACAUUGGAGAAGUUUAUUUUUGAAUGAUAUAAAACAGUCUACCUCUAUGACUCCUAUUUAUGUAGUGAUUCUUAUCAGAGCAUUUAGUGUGGUGCGAAAUAAUGUAUCAACUUGAAAGAAUUAAACUUAAAAAUUAUUGGAUAGGUACAGACUUAUUUUGUAAAAAAUAGAUAUGUAGAUAGACUUGUUUACUACUACCUUUGUCCUCGAAUGUAUGCCACUGUGGGGUGCAUAGAGUCAACCUUUAGAAAUCUUGAUGACUAAUAUGUGAGGAAGUACAAUUUAUUCAUUUUGCAUAAUUAUUUUACGUUGUCCACGCUUAUUGUUUUCUAUAAAACAUGUUAUGUUCAGAAAUUAUAGUCAUAGUCCUGCAUCAGAGACUGUAAAUGAAGAUCAUACAUUUGUGAAUGGAGUAGGAUUUCUUGUUGUUUAGCUAUGUUUUAUAUACUUUCAAAUCUUGGCCAACAAAGAACAGUGGUUUGGAUUGCAUUUUGCCACAUUGAGACAUCCAGUGGCGGAGACAGGGGGAUGCCAGCAGCCCCCCCCCCCCCCCCCCCCCCCCCCACACACACACACACAUCAUGAUUUUGCUACUAAAUUACUGAUGAAUAGUGCUGAAUUAGAGAUUUUUUACUAUUGAACAUCCAUUUUCCUAUGGACUGGCCCUCCCCAACCUAUUUCAACGGCACUUGACCCCCCUAAUCCAAAUUUUCUGCCUCCGCCACUGGAGACAUCAUUCAUCGUCCGUGGCGAGACUUUGACAAAACGAAACACGAUAGUUUGAUGCGGUAACACGUUCUACAAGACAGGCACUCAUUUGAACUCAAAUACUCUCUCUCUCUCUCUCUCUCUGAGAUACUUGGCAAAGUGACAACUAGUUCAGUACUUUAACUCCUAAGAGUAAAUUGCAGCACAAGUUGCAUCUGGACCAUGAACUAGAAAUCUGAACAUAUGCAUGAUUAUAUAGAUUUUCAUUAAGCGUGGUAAAUCAAUAUAUUCCUAGUCUCCUUCCUCUCUGCCCUUGUGGUGCCAGUGGGCCUGCCAUCAUGCCACCUGGUUCCAGGGCUAUCUCAAAUAGGCCUUAGCCCCCCUAUCCUACCAUGGUUAAUAACACCUGCAUGGUCUGAAGCAUCACCAUUUUUCUAAAUCAAAUAGGUACGAGAGUAUAACUUGAGGUGUUAUUAGUCUAGUGAUGAAAUGCUGUUUAGCCGAUCAAGUGCAAAGAGCACCCUCAAGUGAAAGGUUGGGUUCAGUCAUUGCACUUGGAAAUUGGAAUCUCUGGAUGACUGUGUAACCUACGUGAAGGCUUUACAUUGAUGCCUAAUUCAGAGGUGCCAAGACUUCAUGCUCUUAACUGAAGAGUAUCAAUCUCAGGCAUAUGGCUCCAGAGUACUUGCAUGCAUGGGAUCAUAAUGAGAAGAUUUCGGUGUUUUCAUAUGGAUUGUUGCUUCUUGAAUUGUAAGUCCAUUCUUGGUCAACUGCAUAGGCAAAACCGCUGAACAACAUGAAAGAGCUAGUGGAUCCUUCUCAUGACAUUGCAGAUGACUCAGAGAGGAACACGCUCCCCAACAGUUGCAUUCAUGUGCAUUCACCACAGGGCAAGCUCACGGCCUUGUAUGAAACCGGUACUCGGUUUCUUGAAGGUAGAUAGUCCACGUACACAGAUGUGCGGACCUUAACUCCCAAAGCUCCACAUGUUCAACUCGUGGUUCAGAAGACUGGAAUGGACUCGCACACUCUAGCGACCUUAAUGGUGUGGAAUGCGGCAUAUGCAGGCUGCCUUGGAGCGGUGAAAUUUAGUACGGCGUGUAUUUGUUGACAGGUUUUUCCAUCUUUUGUAAAUCAUCUGUCUGUACAUUCUGAUCCUCCUACUUUUCAUAUGUUGAAGAUUGCAUGGAUUUGAGAGACCAAUCAUCGCCGCUGGGAAUUUUCAAUAGUAUUCAGAAUUAUUUCCUGUUUCCUCACUGCGGACUUAUUUUUUCGGACAGUUUUAACUUGUAGGGUCCUUUGUACUUAUUGAUGAAUAAUUUCAAUUUAUGGACGAACAAGUCGAGCA